CACCGCCCGCAGACGCUCGGAACUGCCGACCCGAGAGCUACCCGUAGAGGGCCGGCGGCGGGAGCGGAGCGGGUCGGGCGGGGCCGAGCCGGGCCGGGGCCGUGUGGGGGCCGGUCAGCGGCCAGGCCGGCGGACGGCGGGAUGGGCUGCACCGUGAGCGCCGAGGACAAGGCGGCGGCCGAGCGCUCCAAGAUGAUAGACAAGAACCUACGGGAAGACGGCGAGAAGGCGGCGCGGGAGGUGAAGUUGCUGCUGUUGGGUGCCGGGGAGUCAGGGAAGAGCACCAUUGUCAAGCAGAUGAAGAUCAUCCACGAGGACGGCUACUCAGAGGAGGAAUGCCGGCAGUACCGGGCAGUCGUCUACAGCAACACCAUCCAGUCUAUCAUGGCCAUAGUUAAAGCCAUGGGCAAUCUGCAGAUUGACUUUGCCGACCCCUCCCGUGCGGACGAUGCCAGGCAGCUGUUUGCGCUGUCGUGCACGGCUGAGGAGCAUGGCGUGCUCCCUGGGGAUCUGUCCGGCGUCAUCCGGAGGCUCUGGGCUGACGAUGGUGUGCAGGCCUGCUUUAGCCGCUCCCGGGAGUACCAGCUCAACGACUCUGCCGCCUACUACCUGAACGACCUGGAGCGCAUCGCACAGAGUGACUACAUCCCCACACAGCAGGAUGUGCUGCGGACUCGCGUGAAGACCACGGGCAUCGUGGAGACACACUUCACCUUCAAAGACCUACACUUCAAGAUGUUUGAUGUGGGCGGUCAGCGGUCUGAGCGGAAGAAGUGGAUCCACUGCUUUGAGGGCGUCACAGCCAUCAUCUUCUGCGUAGCUUUGAGCGCCUAUGACCUGGUGCUAGCCGAGGACGAGGAGAUGAACCGCAUGCACGAGAGCAUGAAGCUGUUUGACAGUAUCUGCAACAACAAGUGGUUCACGGAUACGUCCAUCAUCCUCUUCCUCAACAAGAAAGACCUGUUCGAGGAGAAGAUCACACACAGCCCCCUGACCAUCUGCUUCCCUGAGUACACAGGGGCCAACAAAUAUGAUGAGGCAGCCAGCUACAUCCAGAGCAAGUUCGAGGACCUGAACAAGCGCAAGGACACCAAGGAGAUCUACACGCACUUCACGUGCGCCACCGACACCAAGAACGUGCAGUUCGUGUUCGACGCUGUCACCGAUGUCAUCAUCAAGAACAACCUGAAGGACUGCGGCCUCUUCUGAGGGGCAGCGGGGCCUGGCAGGAUGGGCCACCGCCGACUCUGCUCCCCCCAGCCCCUGAGGAAGAUGGGGGCAAGAGGACCACGCUCCCCGCCUGUCCCCCUGGCCGCUUUGCCCCUUCUUUCCCCUCUCUGUUCUUGGCUCCCCCUUUCGCCUCCCUCAGCUCCAGAGACUUGGGGGAGGGGUUGCCGCAGGCCUCCCUGUUUGAAGCCUGCCCUUGUCCCAGGUGCAGGGAAUGGCCGCUGCACCCCCUCCUGGCAUCUGUUCUGGUUUUAACCAUCGUCUUGUUCUGUGAUGGGGGAGAGGAGCACAUGCUGAGUCUCCCAAGGCCUGUGUUUGGAGGGGCACCCACUUCUCCAGCCUGGGACCCCUGGCUUCACCCAACACCAGCCCCUGCCCCAACCCAAGUCCAAAUGUUUACAGGGAGCCUCCUCCCCUCCCAGCCCCUCCCCCACGCCACUCGGAGGCCCCAAAGGAAAAAGCACAAGAAGCGUGAGACGCCACCAUUCCUGGAGACCACAGUCCACCUGCUCAUUCUCGUAGCUUUUUAAAAAAAGAAAAGAAAGUCAAA